AUGGCCAAAUGCACCAAGAAAGUUGGAAUGAGGCUGGACGCGGUGGCUCACGUCUAUGCAGAGGUUGCAGUGAGCCGAGAUCGUGCCACUGCACUCCAGCCUGGGCGACAGAGUAAGACUCAGUCUCAGAAAAAAAAAAAAAAGAAAGUCGGAAUAGUCGGUAAAUACAGGACCCACCAUGGGGCCUCCCUCUGGAAAAUGGUGAAGGAAAUUGAAAUCAGCCAGCACACCAAGUACACUUGCUCUUUCUGUGGCAAAACCAAGAUGAAGAGACGAGCUGUGAAAAUCAGGCACUGUAAUUCCUGCAUGAAGACAGUGGCUGGCAGUGCCUGGACCUACAACACCACUUCGGCUGUCAUGGUGAAGUCUGCCAUCAGAAGACUGAAGGAAUUGAAAGACCAGUAGAUGCUCCUCUACUCUUUGAGACAUCACUGGCCUAUAAUAAAUGGGUUAAUUUAUGUUAAAAAAAAAAAAA